AUGAAUUUUCCUGACUCGUGCCCAUCCUCCUGCGAGAACCGCUUGCUCUGUGGAACACAUUGCGAUCUAACUGAAAAAGUACCUUAUGUAGAUGGAGACCUCGUUGAGAUAGAAUUCAACGAUACAACACGCACAGAGAUUGUUCAAGUCAUCAUUGCAUGGUUGAUUCAACAAGGUCUCACCGCCUCAGCUCAGCUCCUCCGUGAGGAAGCUACAGCUCAGCUCAGAAACAAACACUAUGAGCGGAAAACAGUACGGGCCCUGUGUCGCUCUGUCGAUGAGCGCAACUGGGAUUCUGCACAAAAAAAUAUGAAAAAGCUUCAAAAUAAUAUCCGUUCUGAAGGGAUGUUUCAAGCCGAGUAUCCGUCUCAACUGAACCACCUUGUUAGGACUUUACCUUUUUUGCUUUCCCAACAGCAGUACUUGGAAUUGGUUGAUGAAGAUGACUCUCAGAGGUCGCUUAGUUUUUUCAUACGUAACAUAAAACCAUUUGAACCAUUGGUAAGCCGCGAGCAUUUCAGGAAACUGAGCUAUCUCCUUUCUUGCAAAACAGUUUCAGAGAGUGCUAAUAUUUAUCCCGAGUACCGGGGCUGGACACCUGAAAUCGGCCGCUCACAGCUGCAGCAAUUCAUAACGCGGACCAUGGGAAGCUUGACCAUGGUGCCGUACCUCCGGCAAGGAAAUAUCAUUACAAACAAGGAGGAUACUUCAAUAAAGCCACUGCAUGUCAUGCUCGCUCAAUCCCUCUCGUUUGAGCUUCUCCACAAGCAGCACCCACAUCUUCACAAAGAACAUCCUAAAAUUAUCACGAGUACGCUGCGUGUCUCUUUUGAAAAUCAGCUUCCACCUACAGAACUCUUAAUGCAAAUCGAUGUGAAUAGCCUUAUCAAGAAACACUUCCCGCACAUAUUGUCGAGGCCUGCGAUACACUGUCUCAGAGCCUGUCAGACGUUUUUCACAAGCUCCGCUUUGGUUGUGAGCGCUGAAACUAAACGAGGUGGCGCAGUUUUUUGGAUAUCGCUGGACUACUUACACAGCAGCCGAAUGGGAGCCACAACAUUGAUUGAUCAGGCUCUCUCUGCUUCAUCAAAACAAGAAUCGAACUCUGCUCUUCCUGCGUACAACUGUAGCCAAAUAGCCAAUGAGGACAUCACUUUUCUCUACCAGCAUCCACAUCCUAUUCGAGGGAUGUGUCAUCACGAUGCAAAGCGACUGCUUGUAUGGGGUGGGUGCCGAGUGACCGUUGUAAACAUAGAGCGUUAUGUCUGUGAUUGUGGCAAAGAAGCUUUCUUGGGCGCGGCGGCGGUCCAUGGUUGUGAGGCUGACCUUUCCCACCAAUCCCUGUUGCCAGAGGCAUGUGUUGAGAAUGUGCUUGCCCACGAGGCGGAGGUGUACGCAAGCUGUUUUUUCCCUUGCGGAACCAUCGUCGCGACAGGACAGUCAGACGGCACGGUGACGCUGUGGGAUACCUUAAGCGGGGGCAAAAUGCGCGAGAGCAGCUACGGGCAUGGCACUAUCGUGGCCAUCGUCUCCAGCCGGACCGGCACGACUUAUUAUGCCGCAUGCAAAGAUGGUCCGAUCCUGGUUGUGGAUGUAGCCACGGGUGUCCUCAUUAAUACACUGGUAUCCCCAAUUCUAAAGGAACUGACCGCUAUAGCGUUGUCUCCCUCGUCAACGUUAUUGCUAGCAUCAUAUCGAGCUGGUGAGUUGCGUCUGUGGGAUAUUAUCUCCUUCCAACUUUUGCCGCUUUCGUUCAGUGGGGUUGAGAACAACGGCCGAACCAGUCAGCCUGUAGCCUUUGGGAACACCGACGAGUAUCUAUUUAGUGCAAGUGAUAACGGCUGCCUGUAUAUGUGGAACCUUCAAAUUAACAAAGAUUUGGCCAACGUGGAUCCUGGUAGAAACUCUGGAAGCGUUGCUCCUCCGCCUAAGAGAGCUUAUCACCUUUUCUCUGAUGUGAUCCCCACCGUGGAGAAUAAGCAUGCAAUCGAGCCUAGUACCCUAUUUUCAAACACUUUGUGUUCUACUCCUAAGUGGCCAAAAUGCCUUGUAAAAAGACCUUUACAGAAGCAUUUUCUCCAUCAUGCAUCUAUAACGGAUAUUAAAAUAGAAGGACCAUAUUUGGUUUGUUCAAGUGAAGAUGGAAAAGUUAGUAUUCUUUCAAACUCUAUUAAAAAUACUUGCAAAACUUAA